AGGCGCCCCGGAGCGGGCAGCGGCACAGCAACCGGCCAGUCUGUGCGGACGCUUCGCUGGGACCGACCGCGAGGAUGAGGCUGGCCGUGAGCGCCUUGCUGGCCUGUGCUGUCCUGGGACUGUGUCUGGCCGUCCCUGAGAAAACCGUGAGAUGGUGUGCCAUCUCAGAACAUGAGGCUGCUAAGUGCCACAGUUUCCGCGACCACAUGAAGAAAGAAGUUCCAGAUAGCCCCCGUGUCAUCUGUGUGAAGAAAGCCUCCUACCUUGACUGCAUCAAGGCCAUUGCGACCCACAGACUUUCUAUUAUGCUGUCGCCUUGGUGAAGAAGGGCAGUGGCUUCCAGCUGAACGAACUCCGAGGCAAGAAGUCCUGCCACACGGGCCUUGGCAGGUCUUCCGGGUGGACCAUCCCCAUAGGCUCACGCUUCUGUGACCUACCUGAGCCACGCAAGCCUAUUGAGAAAGCGGUGGCCAGCUUCUUCUCCGGCAGCUGUGUCCCCUGUGCGGACGGGGCGGCCUUCCCUCAGCUGUGUCAACUGUGUCCUGGCUGCGGCUGCUCCUCCCUUAAUCAGUACUACGGCUACUCUGGCGCCUUCAAGUGUCUGAAGGACGAUGCGGGAGACGUAGCCUUUCUCAAGCAAACCACCAUAUUUGAGAACCUGCCGGACAAGGCCGACCGGGACCAGUAUGAGCUGCUCUGCCCGGACAACACCCGGAGACCGGUGGAAGAAUUUGAGCAGUGCCACUUGGCCCGGGUUCCUUCUCAUGCUGUGGUGGCCCGAAGUGUGGACGGCAAGGAAGACGUGAUCUGGGAGCUUCUUAGCCAGGCCCAGGAACAUUUCGGCAAAGGCAAAUCAAACGACUUCCAGCUGUUCUCCUCUCCGCACGGGAAGGACCUGCUAUUUAAGGACUCUGCCCAUGGGUUCCUAAAGAUCCCUGCUGGGAUGAACUUCCGGCUGUACCUGGGCUACCAGUACCUCAGUGCCCUUCGGAACCUACGGGAAGGCGUCUGUUCGGAGACGAAGAGCGAGUGCAAGGCAGUGAAGUGGUGCGCGGUGAGUCACCACGAGAGGCUCAAGUGUGACGAGUGGAGCGUUAACAGCGGGGGAGAGAUCGAGUGCGAGUCCGCAGAGACCACGGAGGACUGCAUCGCCAAGAUCAUGAAUGGAGAAGCCGACGCCAUGAGCUUAGACGGAGGCUUUGUCUACAUCGCGGGCAAGUGUGGCCUGGUCCCUGUCAUGGCAGAGAACUACGCAAAUAAGUCUUCGUGUAAAACUCCAGAGCCAGGGUACUAUGCUGUGGCAGUAGUGAAGAAAAAGGAUGCUCACAUCAACUGGAACACCCUGGAAGGCAAGAAGUCGUGCCACACUGGCGUAGGAAGAACUGCCGGCUGGACCGUUCCCAUGGGCCUGAUCCAGAGCAAGAUCAACCACUGCAGAUUCGAUGAAUUUUUCAGCCAGGGCUGUGCCCCUGGGUACCGGAAAAACUCCAGUCUCUGUGAGCUGUGUGUGGGCGCCAACGACAACAAGUGUGCGGCCAACACCAAGGAGGGUUUCUACAGCUACACGGGAGCGCUCAGGUGUCUGGUUGAGAAAGGCGACGUGGCCUUUGUGAGAGACAAGACUGUCGAGGAGAACACUGACGGAAAAAACCCUGAGCCGUGGGCUAAAGACCUGAGCUCGGAAGACUUCGAGCUGUUGUGCCUGGACGGCAGCAGGGCUCCUGUGAAGGAAGCCGAGAAAUGCCACCUGGCCCGAGGCCCGAACCAUGCCGUGGUCUCUCGGAGAGAUAAGGCAGACUGUGUUCGCGAAAUACUGAAAAACCAGCAGGUAAGGAAGGGCCAGGGCCCCUCGCUCUAGAUGGGCGUUAUCUGAGGAAGGUCACAGCCAAGUGUAACCCUGGACUCCCUUUCUGAAAACUAGGAUUCUGAAACCAUAAACU